ACUAAACACGCGGAUACACUCGCUAGGGUUUCUCUCAUCUCUCAUUUGGUCCGCCGCUCAUCCUCUGCUCUCUCUCUAUGGCGAUUGCUAUAUGGCGCUCCCCAUUCCCAUCUCCCAGCUUUCUCUCUCAACCGAGAUCUAGGGUUUGUACAUGCGAUUCAAGAUCUGGCUUUCACUGCUUUCUCUCUCAAACGAGAUCUAGGGUAUCUACAUGCGAUACAAGAUCUGGCUUUCACAGUUCGAUAACUGACACUUCCAUGGAACCAAAAACUCUGAGCCGAGCGUUGCAGAUCUACAAGUUGGAUGCGGUUUUUGGUGGUUGGUACCAAAGAUGUUCCGGUGGUUAAACACUUCUCAAUCACCAGGUUGGAAACACAAGAAUCAUCAAGGAAGCCUCUUUCUUUGAAGCGACUUACUGAAGGACUGAAGCCCACAAGAAGUUCAGAGGAGAAUGAGAUUUACAAAAUAUUCACUAAUGUUAUGUGUCUACAUCCUCCCAAGGAGGAAGAUCCUCUUAGAGUAUUUAAUAAACAAAUCGACGAAGAUAGACGGAUUGUUAUAUCACGAAGUAAUAUAAAUGAAUUGCAGAAGCAUGCAGCAACUAUUAUUGACGAUAAAAUGUAUAUAUUUGGUGGAAAUCAUAAUGGCCGUUAUCUUAAUGAUCUUCAAACACUUGAUUUACGGAAUUGGACAUGGUCAAGGGUUGAAGUCAAAGCAAAUUAUGAGGAUCCAGGGAGAGUAACUCCUUAUGUUGGGCAUUCUUUGAUACCAUGGAAAGGAAAUAAGCUUAUAUCAAUUGCAGGGCAUUCAAAGGACGCUUCUGAAGUUAUCAAUGCAAUAAGAGCUGGUAGGAGUAUCAGGGCCGUCUAUGCUGGAAUUGCUACUGGAACCUGCCGCUGUUGUGGAACUCUAUAAAUUAUGAUAAUAUUCAGAAAGUGCUGCUGCAGGUCCUUUGGAAAUCCGCAUCGCUGCAAGUUCACUAGAUAAUCCACCACCGGACCUGUAUCUUGGGUCUUUUCAUGCUGGUGACGACGUUGGCUCCCCAAAGGAGUACCUCGGAUCUGCUGCUGUUCAGAAGACUACAGGAGCUGAUGUUGCUGGGUCUCUGUUCUGUCCAUUCUGCUGCUAGGGGUACUCACGAGAACUGGAUGCAUCAGUCCUAGAUGGUUGUUCGCAUCGUCAAGCAUGCUAUGGAGAAACAACGUAAAAAGGUUGAUGGUUGUUCGCAUCGUCAAGCACGCUAUGGAGAUCAUCCACGUUUUCACCGAUGCUAAUCCCAUCCAAAUCAUUCUUGACGCUGUCAUUAACAGGAGUUUCGGCUUCACUGAUGCAUUGAAGCUUGUCGAGUUUCUCGGUCGAUCAUUUUGCUAUCAGCAAUAUACCUUAGAAGUCUCUGGACAUUUGAAGUGUCUUUGUUUCUUUCCUAUCUAAUCACUUCUGUAGGAAUUCAUAUUGCUCUUAUUUUAAUGUCUAGGCUUUUGAUAAUCUCAAAGCACAGUCAAGCCGUAUUUUCGGUUUGGAAUGGAGUUUUAGGAUAUUUUCAGUUUGUAUUCGAUAAAGCAGGGGAAUCAGCAGCUGGUGAAUAUACUGUGGCAAAAGUUGAGAAUAUGGAACAAACAGUGUUCACAUUGAAGUCACUUCAUCGCCAUAUGCAGGUCCUACAUGAUGAAGAUCUAAAACUAAUUGCAGUGCUUUCGAAGGAGAAAUUGAUGCUACAUUCUCGAUGGUCGGUAUCUUGUUUAUCGGGAGAAAGCAAAGCAGAUUUAAAAAUUGUAUGCAGUGUAUGCAAACAUCGCAUUAUCCAGAGCCGCGUCAACUUAAAUGCAACUUUGGAAAAGGAAAUUGAAACAAGGAUCCGUGCUGCUGCAUUUAAGGUCACAGGAAGCUGGGAGCACAAAAGAUGCAUUAUUUACGAGGAAGAUCCUAUAGAAAUCAUCGCUAAAAUGACGCCACUGCCACUGGAGAAUGACAAAUUUAUGGUGGAAGUUCGUGCUGGUGUGGAUUGUGCAUUUGUGGUUUCCCUAAUCGCUAUUCUCAUUGCUAUGAAAACGAAAAGCUCUGGUAAAAAGAAAGGUGCUGGUCUUGAAGCUGGGAAGGUAGCUCUCCAAUUUGUUUGUGGAGUUGCAUUUGGUGUCGGUCAAUUUUUGCUUGGUGAACUUUCCUGGUAUUUGUUACAAACAUUUGCUGGGUGAACUUGUCUAAGGGUAUUUUUUUCAAACUUGUUUAGUGAAUUCAGUUAUGUGUCAACUUCUGUGUAAUUCAUGUCUUUUCUCAAGACAAGAAUUCACCUGUUAACUUGUUAUAACAAUUUUAUAGGACAACAAAGACGGUGUGAUGUGUUUUGAAGGAUCAUUUUAUCAUGUUAUGGUUGUGUAACAUCA